AUGGAACGCGUAUGCAAUGGCAUCGUCUUGAUCCACGAAAUCUGGGCGGCUCUGCUACAAAUCGGCAUUGCACUUUGGCUAGCAUACGAUCAAAUCUCGUUUGCUUUCCUUGUCCCCGUUGUCAUGACCGUGAUCAGCAUCGUUCUCACCACCUAUAUCAGUAACCGAAUGCGCUCUAUCGUCGUGCAAUGGACAAAAGCCAUGCAGACUCGCGUCAAGACUGUCACAAACGUCAUGAACAACAUCACUUCAAUCAAGCUCUCAUCCAGGUUCUCCACUAUCACCUACCACCUGUCUUUGCUCAGAGAGGUGGAGUUGGCCGCGUUCAAAGCGGCCAUGUGGGUCGCAACCUUGUUGGUGGUUUCGGCUAACGAUUUGGAAAACUACACGACGCUAUUAACACUGGUCGCUUACUCGGCCAUCGCCCAGAGCAAGGCUGGACAACAGACCCUGGAUACCACCAAGCUGUUCACUGUCAUUUCGGUGCUGACGUUGCUCCGUAAUCCAUUGUUCUUGCUGGCGCAGUAUGGACCCAUGAUUCUGGCUGCCUUGGGCGCUUCAGUCGGCAUUCGCGACUUCUUACUCAAGCCCGAGCUACCACAGCAGCAAGAUCGCGACGUUAACGCUGACGGCAACAGUGCAAAUCGCACCGGUUCAAUUGUUGUAGCAAGAAACCUCACCCUCAAUGCUGGUGGUGGUGGUGGCAAGCUGCUCUUUUCCAAAGUUGACCUUGUCAUUAACCGCGGCCAAGUAGCUUGCAUCACCGGUGCAACAGGUACGGGCAAAACCACACUCCUUCUCGCCCUCCUCGGCGAAGUUUCUCCACUCAACUCAGACAGCAUUGUGAUCCAACGCGAUCCUGUACAUGGAAUAGCCUACUGCGCACAAUCGGCCUGGCUCCAAGACGCGUCCAUUCGUGACAACAUCCUCUUUCACUCGCCCUAUGACGCCAUCCGCUACCAAGCAGUGCAGUGGUGUUUGGACCUCGAGCAUGAUUUCUCCGCCAUGCCCGACGGUGAUGCUACCUCUGUUGGUCCCCAAGGCAGCAAGCUUUCGGGCGGUCAAAGAAGUCGAGUGGCGCUAGCGAGGGCCUUGUAUAGCAAGAGUCCGCUGAUAGUGCUUGACGAUCCUCUGGCAGCAUUGGACGCCUCGACUAGUGCCAAGGUUGUUUCUCGCCUAUUUGCACGUCGGCCCACUGGAGAGCAGGCGGAAGCGACAAUGAAGGCGGCGAGGUUGCUGUUGGGCGGUAAAACGGUUGUGCUGGCAUGUCAUAAGGUUCCUCCUGGUUUGCAUCCAGAUGUGUCGAUCCAGCUUAGCUCGAACAAGGAGACUUGUGAAAGCUUAUCACAGAUUAAGGUGCAAUAUGCCCACGAAGGUCAGAGCAUAACAUUCCCGCCGUACACAUCGGCGCUUGGCCACGACGAUGAUACCGCGCCCUGUUUGCUCGAGAAGACUCCAAGCAACGACGACGUCAAAGCAGUCAAAAAGAAGGCGCCGCACCCACGAUCGCAGCUGCAGCCAUGGGCAGCAUUCAAAUUUUAUUGUCGCACCGCCGGAUGUGGUCGUGUCAUCACCUACAUCGGCUUCAGCAUCUUCGCCGCCAUCUCUCUUGCAGCGAUCAACCUUUACCUCUACUUCUGGUCCAACGCCAACGAUCGACACCCCAAUUCCAAGCUCUGGGCGUGGAUCGGAGGAUACGCAGCUGUGGUCACGCUCAACUCGUUGGCCUUGACAGGACAGAUCUACUACCUUUUCGUACGCGUUGCCCAAUCGUGUGCUCACAGGAUGCACUCUCUGCUUCUCGCUUCAACUCUGGCUGCGCCGCUGUCGUACUUCCUUAACACUUCAGCGGGAAGUAUUGUGAACCGAUUCAGUCAAGACCUGUUUGUAUCGGACAACGAUAUGACUAAAGCGAUCUUCAACGUAUCUUCCAACCUGGGUGUAGUACUGGGAAGCGUGGUGCUGCUCUCAUUGGCCUCACCUUGGUUCUUGCUCAUCCUACCCGUCUUGCUACCAGCGCUUUGGCUGAUCAAGAGUUUCUACCUGCAAACCUCGGGGCAAAUUCGAAAGUUGGACUUGGAGUCCAAGAGUCCACUGUACACGUUGUUUGGCGAAACGAUCGAUGGCAUCGUCACCAUUCGCGCUUUUGCAGGUCAUAGGGUUUUUGCCAGGCUGAACGAGGUACUGGUGUCACGCAGUCAAAGGGCAUUCUUCUUGAAUCUUUCGUUGAUGCGUUGGUUGACAUUGGUAUCUGGCCUGAUCGUAGCUGGUAUCUCGACUGCAUUCUGUGCCCUCAGCGUUGGAUUAGCACAGCGCAGCGCGCGAGAGGGAGGUUCAAGUCAGGCCACUGUGGGCUGGGUAGCAGUUGGAUUGACACAAUUGAUGAUGCUGACUGCGGCGAUCACUAUGCUUACCAAGGCGUGGACGCAACUCGAACUGUGCUUGGUUGCCAUCGAACGUCUGCAGCAGGUAGCAGCACUAGAGGCGGAAGCUGAUCCGCACAAGACCAAGUCGACUACAUCUGCAACGGCGUGCGCAGUCGGCGCCAACGUCGUCGCGCGGUCCAUCAGUGUCAACCACAUCGACCCGGACACGGGCAUCCCCACGAAAGUUCUACGUGAUCUGUCCUUCACCUUAACACCCGGUGAAAAAGUUGCCGUCGUCGGUCGAACCGGCAGUGGCAAAUCGUCGCUCAUCUCGGCGCUGCUACGGUUUACACCUCUUUCCUACGGCAGGAUUUGGCUCGAUGGAGACGACGCAAGCCACAUCGGCUUGGCUGAAUUGCGGAAGCGUGUAUUGGUGCUACCUCAACAGGCAGUGGUGAUCUCUAGCUGCACGCUACGUCAGAACCUGUGUUUGCUGGUCGAUGAGGAUCGCACGCAACCCGCAGACUCGGAUCUCUGGCAAGCUCUCAAGCGCGUCUCGUUGGACAGCCUGGCUCUCAAACUCGGCGGCUUGGAUACACCUCUAGACCAAGUACAGGGCGACGAGAUUCAACUUAGCAACGGCCAAAAGCAAUUACUUGCACUCGCUCAACUUAUGAUCGCCUGCCAAGCCAUCCGCACGAGCUACGACGGCGAAAGAGGCACCUUGUUGAUCUUGGACGAACCAACAGCGUCCCUGGACGAGGCAGGCGAUGAACUGUUGCGCCAACUUUUGCAAGAUGCCACUGCGUUUGGGGGCAUCACCACAUUGAUUGUUUCUCAUCGCUUCGGUCCUGUCUUGGGUUGCGACAAGGUCUUGCUUUUGCGCAAACAGAACCAUGCAGACGAGGCAGAGGACGAGUCGUUCGAGUUUGGACCACCAACUCAGCUGUUUCAAGACAAGGGCUCGGCGUUUGGGGCUCUUGCUCGUGACGCCGGCAUUUUCGCUUGGGAUUGA